UCGCUUCCCCCUCGCUGUCUCCCUCGGCCUGCGCCGCCGCCGACGCCACUCGUGGGCCCGGCUCCGCUUCGUUCGCUUCGCCGCCUGCCUCCCCAAGAGCUGCCCGUAGGCCGCCAUGGCUAACGUGGCCGACACGAAACUGUACGACAUCCUGGGCGUUCCGCCCGGCGCCAGUGAGAACGAGCUGAAGAAGGCAUACAGAAAGUUAGCCAAGGAAUACCAUCCAGAUAAGAAUCCAAAUGCUGGAGACAAAUUUAAAGAAAUCAGUUUUGCAUAUGAAGUAUUAUCAAAUCCAGAGAAGCGUGAGCUAUAUGACAGAUAUGGAGAACAAGGUCUUCGGGAAGGUAGCGGUGGAGGUGGUGGCAUGGAUGAUAUUUUUUCUCACAUUUUUGGUGGAGGAUUGUUCGGCUUCAUGGGCAAUCAGAGUAGAAGUCGAAAUGGCAGAAGAAGAGGAGAGGACAUGAUGCAUCCGCUAAAAGUAUCUUUAGAAGAUCUCUAUAAUGGCAAGACAACCAAACUACAACUUAGCAAGAAUGUACUCUGUAGUGCAUGCAGUGGCCAAGGUGGGAAGUCUGGAGCUGUUCAGAAGUGUAGUGCUUGUCGGGGUCGAGGUGUACGCAUCAUGAUCAGACAGCUGGCUCCUGGAAUGGUACAACAGAUGCAGUCUGUGUGCUCUGAUUGUAAUGGAGAAGGAGAGGUAAUUAAUGAAAAGGACCGCUGUAAAAAAUGUGAAGGAAAGAAGGUGAUUAAAGAAGUCAAGAUUCUUGAAGUUCAUGUAGACAAAGGCAUGAAACAUGGACAGAGAAUUACAUUCACUGGGGAAGCAGACCAGGCCCCAGGAGUGGAACCAGGAGACAUUGUUCUUUUGCUACAGGAGAAAGAACAUGAGGUGUUCCAGAGAGAUGGCAAUGAUUUGCACAUGACAUAUAAGAUAGGACUUGUUGAAGCUCUAUGUGGGUUUCAGUUCACAUUUAAGCACCUUGAUGGACGUCAAAUUGUGGUGAAAUACCCUCCUGGCAAAGUAAUUGAACCAGGAUGUGUUCGUGUAGUUCGAGGUGAAGGAAUGCCACAGUAUCGUAAUCCCUUUGAAAAAGGUGAUCUUUAUAUAAAGUUUGAUGUGCAGUUUCCUGAAAACAACUGGAUCAACCCAGAUAAGCUUUCUGAACUAGAAGAUCUUCUGCCAUCUAGACCAGAAGUACCUAAUGUAAUUGGAGAAACAGAGGAGGUAGAGCUUCAGGAAUUUGAUAGCACUCGAGGCUCGGGAGGUGGUCAGAGGCGUGAAGCAUAUAAUGAUAGCUCUGAUGAAGAAAGCAGCAGCCAUCAUGGACCUGGAGUACAGUGUGCCCAUCAGUAACUCUGCAAACAAAUUGCACAGGUGGAUUUUCUUUCCACAUUUGCCUGAUUUGUUCUCAGCGAGCCAGCUGGAGUGUCUGAUCAAUCCAGAUGAACUGAUGGACAUCUGUUGGUCUAUGUGUAACUUUUAAAAUUGGUAUAGUAUCUACAGAGUGUAUAAUUUAAACUAACCACAAAGCUUUACAUCUUCAUUUCGACUGUUCUGUAGCAGAAUAAAGCACUUGAAAGGAAACAAGACUCCCUUUCACACAUCGGUUAUGAGUUUCAGUCUUUAUCUGUGCUUGAUUUUUAUCAGUUUUGUGUAGAUUUUAUGUUUCAUAUUUUAAAUUCAAAUCCCACAUUGUAAAGUUUGUACAAUUUGUCCUGAAGCUUUGUGUUUGGCUGCACCUGCAUAAGCUGCUACAAAUAGAAUAAAGAAUUUCAUAGCCUGUAUCUAUCAUUUAGAUGCAUGGAAAAUGGGCUUUGCACAAAAUGGGUUUGGAGCUGACUGGGAACAAUGGAAAAAAUUACAUUAGCAGUGGUUGUAUAAGUUUUUUUGGGUCCCCCCCUUUCUUAUCCCUCCCUUUUUUUUUUUAACCAUCUUAUGGAAGGUUUCUGAAACUUGAUAAUAAAAAGCGGUUGGUGUAAAUUAUUCUUUGUGUCACAUUUUUAGAAGGAAGAACACAUUUUGAACUAAGCAAAAUGCAUCCUUAAACUGAAGAAUGUAUCCUUAGUUCUGGUUUUUAAACAGCCCUUAAAAACCCAUUGGCUUGAAGCUUAGGCCUCAGGCACCUGCCCAUUUUACAGUUGAGACAAAGGUUGGUAGAAACAGGCUUUAUUGACUUCCAACUGAUGCUUUGUAGAGUCAAGGACUUCUAAGUUAUGUAAUUCCUAAGUUAUGAUCCUGAACACUGGGGCUAGCCCAGGCCUCUGUAUCUUCCCACCACCACCCUCUUUUAAAAAUAAGGUAACGGCAAAUCAAUAAUAGAACCAUGUUUGCAUAGAACCUGUUAAAAUGCUCUGUUUUCAUUAAAUGUUAAGUUAAAAUAUGCUCUGUCUCCAUUAAGUUGAAUAUUUGACAUUGGGGGAAGCAUUGACUAUUUGAUUUUCUAUAAUGUUUUAUAGAAAAGAAAGACAUAGGCUGAUAAGAGAAAAAUCAGGUAAAACAACUUUUAAAAAGGAUGUUGUAUUCCUCUUCUUUCCAUCUUUUCUAUUUCACUCCUAGAGUUGAUAGAGAACAUGCUUGAGGGAAAAGAAACAUUUACAUUUGUAAAGAAACAAGUGGGGAAACUGAAACUAAAAUUUUAAAAUGUAUUUUGCCAUCCCUGAGCCUAAAUAUAGCACUUGUAGUUUAUUUCUAGAUCUGUUAGAACCUGAGUGAAAAAGAAAAAGUGUCCUGACACUAAUCAAGGCCUGUGAGGUUUAAAUUAUUGCCCUAUCCACUCUACCUCCAUUGUACAAAAAAAUAUUUUACAAGAAGCCUGGGCAAGAUUCAACAGCAUAGUAGUUUUGUAUUCAGGGUUGCUUCCCCAUAACACUAAGCAUAAGAAAUGCAGUGGCAAUAUAAAGUUUGUAGCCUUUCCAAUAAAGGUUUAUAAAACAGUU